AUGAUACGAAACGGGAGGUACAGAAGAACGCCGCACUUAUUGCGAAAUGGUGUGGGGAGGAAUUCUAAAAGUGCGGCGUUUUUGUGUUCCUCUUGUUUCGUAUCCUCCACAUUGUACUCCACUUUCUCAAUGACGAAAAGAUCUGCGCCAACAACUCCUUCCCGGUCUGCUGCUAGAGAGCCGAAGGCUCCGGUUUUUCAUACUGAUAACGAUACACCAAAUUCCAGUGGUGGUGCAAGAACGCCACUAAGAACUUCCGCCAACUACAAAGUCAUUAUCGGCCACAGAGUCUAUGAUGAGUUCUACGUCGAAUAUGAGGUCGAGCUUCACAAUGGUAAAAAGGUGAAGGCAACGGAAUUCGAUUUGAGGAAAAACCCAAAAAUGUUGGCUGCCUACAAGAAAAAAGUGACAAAUCAAGAUGACGACAGUGUUGGAGAAUGCGUGGUCGAGAAGGUUCUCACUCAUCGGAAGGUAGACGGAAAGCCACUUUACCUCGUUCAGUGGAAGGGAUAUCCACACCCAGUAUGGCGUUCGGAGAUGUGGACUGAAGAUCUCAGCAACUGCAAAAAUCUUCUGAAGGAAUAUCAUUACCAAUUGGAACAAUCUGUUGCAGAAGAGCAAACUCCGUUGAAGUCGGCGCAGAAGUCUGUGAAGAAGCGCGCAAUGCCGUCGUCUAGCGCGGAGGCAGAAAAAAUCAAAGCCACUGAAACUACUCCAAGAAAGCCAGCUAAGCAGCCAAAUCUCGGUUCUGCCAGAAAUUCGAAAGCAAGGAGCUCUCAAAUGGUCGUCAGAAGCGAAGAGGUUCAAGACGAAGAUGAUGUUCGUGCCGAUGACCAGACUGAACAUGAAAAAAAUAUCGCAGAUGUUGGAAACCAAGGAGAGCAGCAAGACACAAGCGGCCUGCGCUGGCUAAUGAACCCUUUCAGAUGGUUCUAA